AUGGCCUUCUUGGAGGACCCGCGACUGCGCCAGCGAUGGAACCAAAUCUCACACAACGCCGGCGAGGUGACGGAGAACGCGGCCGCCGGCAUCUGGAGCUUCCAGCACCACUACAUCAAUCCGUGUCUCGCCUCCCUCGCCGCCUCCCUCGAGCAAUGCGCCAACCCGUGUCUCGGCGACCGCGAAGAGCGGGCGAGAAGGCGACGAGAACGAGAUCGCGCGGGCGGAAGGGCGGAAUAUAGCUUCGACUUUUACGACGAUUGGUACGCCGAGGACGAGGGCGGAGGGUUCUUGGGUGGCUGGGGCAACGACGACUGGGACCGCCUGCUCGCGGGCACAGGGUCGCAACAUCAAAAGAAUAACACGGGAAGCGGAGGCGGCGAGGUACAGCAGGACCAGCCCAAGAGGAAACGCGGCAUGAGUUACGGCACAAGGGGCAGAGGGAGUAAGGCGCUCGAGUCGGAUCCGACCGUCAUCCCUAGCACGCAACCGAUUGGGUUCCUGGGUAAGCUGCCGUGGAAGCUGGGCAAGACGCUCCGUUACAAGCCGAGCGCGGCGGACUUGCAGGAUCACCCGCGGCAGCACGGCGAGAUGGGCAUGGGCGAGACGGAGCCUCUGCUUACACACGACUCGGACGACGGCGACGACGUUGAUGUCUUUCAGAGCCGGACCGCCAAGACUAGAAAUCGCAGCGGAACGACGGGAUCCGGGGUGUCGUCGGAUUCAUACCGGUCUCGGGGCGACCUGUUCCCCAGUGACGGCGAAGGCGAGGAAGACGCCGUGCCGUUUGACGACGAGUUUAUGGUCCUGGACAAGGUCCGGGACGAUCGCAGCAGCAGCAGGACAAAGGCGAGCAAGGGCAAGCGGCGGGCUGACGGACGGCCCAUGUCUCGAACAGUGUCGAGAGCGACGAUUGAUUCCAGCCAUUCCAUGCUCAGCCCCAGCGUACGGAGGAGCUCCACGAGUGGGCCUACGACGCCGGAUACACCAGUUGCACCGUCAAUGGAGGCCUCGAUGGAGGAACUACAAAGAGAAGAGGAGCGCAUCAGGAGAGAGGAAGACGACGAGGUCGAACGCAAGCGACAGGCGGCGCUGCAGCUUGCGUCGGAACGGGGCCUGCACGAUGCCGGCUCCGAGGGGCCAACAACGUCCGAGGCGGACUCAGACGCCAAAGCCGACGAGGCGGAUUACGUGUCAGACUCGCCGAGUCAAAGAUCACCGCCGAGGUCUACGUACGGCGACGACGCGCCGGUCCUUCGGUCCACCACGCAGGAUCAGUACAUACGGACCGAGGAGUUCAUUCCGGCGCGUCUACCGAGCUUUCGAUAA